GGUGUUACCGUGGACUCAAGCCGCCAUUUUGGGUGCCGGUGUCUAGCUGCAAAAAACCACUUCGGCAGGAUUUGAAAUCCAAAAUCAUCCUCGGUUUCAAAACCCAUCUAUCUUCUCACUACCCAAAAUUAUAUCAAGGGAUAACCCAAAAAUAUAUUCAAGAUGCCUGAAGCUAAAGCAGGAAGAAAUCAAUCCCAUAAAACUGCCUUCAAAGACAAGGAGAAGCCACAAGAAAUUCGUAUGACCAAUAUAACUGCUGCGAAGGCUGUGGCAGAUGCUAUUCGUACUAGUCUUGGCCCAAAAGGCAUGGAUAAAAUGAUCCAGGGUGGCAAUGGAGAUGUGACUAUCACAAAUGACGGUGCCACCAUCCUCAAGCAGAUGCAGGUCCUCCAUCCUGCUGCUAGAAUGCUCGUUGAGUUAUCCAAAGCUCAGGACAUAGAGGCUGGGGAUGGGACAACUACUGUGGUGGUCAUCGCCGGCAGUCUGCUGAACGCAGCAGCGAAACUUUUAGAAAGAGGAAUUCACCCCACAACUGUUUCCGAGUCAUUUGAACUUGCGUCAAGAAAAGCAGUGGAGAUCCUUAGUGGGAUGUCAACACCUCUUGCCCUAAACGACCGAGAGUCUCUUCUAAAAAGUGCAACAACCUCACUAAACUCCAAGGUUGUUUCUCAAUACUCCAAUCUUCUAGCUCCCAUUUCAGUAGAUGCUGUUCUUAAAGUUAUAAACCCAUCUGUUGUUGAUAAUGUUGACCUAAGAGACAUCAGAAUAGUGAAAAAACUUGGCGGCACUGUGGAGGAUACUGAGUUAGUUGAAGGGCUAGUCCUACAACAAAAGAUAUCUCAUCUUGCUGGAGGCAUCUCCCAAGUAGAGAAAGCCAAGAUUGGACUUAUUCAGUUCUGCAUCUCACCACCCAAAACAGACAUGGAAAACCAAGUGAUUGUCAGUGACUAUGCCCAAAUGGACCGUGUUCUUCGUGAAGAGCGUCAAUAUAUCCUGGAAAUCUGCAAGAAAAUCAAGAAGGCAGGAUGUAAUGUUCUCCUAAUACAGAAAUCUAUUCUAAGGGAUGCUGUGAAUGAUCUUGCUCUACACUUCCUCUCAAAGAUGAAGAUUCUUGUUGUGAGAGAUAUAGAAAGAGAUGAGAUUGAGUUUAUUUGCAAGAGCAUAGGAUGCAAGCCCAUUGCCAGCUUGGACCAUUUCAACCCUGAUAUGCUAGCUAGUGCUGAGCUUGUGGAAGAGGUGUCCGUAGGGACCAGCAAGGUGGUCAAGAUCACAGGUGUAUCUAACCCGGGUAACACUGUGAGCGUUCUAGUACGUGGUUCAAAUAAGCUUGUUCUAGAAGAGGCUGACAGAUCACUCCAUGAUGCUCUGUGUGUGAUACGCUGCCUUGUCAAGAAGAGGGCGCUCAUUGCUGGUGGCGGUGCGCCGGAGAUCGAGGUCGCCCUCCGUCUGGCUGAGUACUCUCAGACCCUGACAAGCAUGGAUGCGUACUGUGUGCGUGCAUUUGCCGAGGCGCUUGAGAUCAUCCCAUACACGCUGGCCGAGAAUGCGGGCCUCAACCCCAUUGCCACGGUAACCGAGCUCAGGAAUAGGCAUGCGCAGGGUGAGGUGACUGCUGGAAUCAACGUGCGAAAGGGUACGAUCACCAACAUCCUGGAGGAGAAUGUGCUUCAGCCUCUCCUUGUAUCCACUAGUGCCGUGCAACUCGCCUCCGAGACCGUGAGGAGCAUUCUCAAGAUCGACGAUAUCGUGAAUACAAGAUGAGAAUGGACGCCUGCCUUGGAAUUAGUGUUUCCCAAAACAGUAGUAUCCGUCACACUGCGAGUCAGCGGUCCCACGGACCGCUUCUUAUGCCUAACUGACGAUAAGUUUGAGCGCCGCAGUUUUGGAGCUCUGUGUAAAGAUAUAUCAUGUAUGAAUCAUGUUAUGCCAAUAAAAGCAUCGACUAAGCAA